AUGAGCUCAGAGACCUUCUGCACCUCCACAUUAGAACAGAACAUGUCGUCUCCACCUCUCUGCAACGACUCUGUGGACUUCUACGCCCUGGGGUCAGGGAACCACAGCAUCCUGAACUGCACUGAGCCUUACUUCUACGCUGACCUGUACGUGAUUUUACCCGUCAUUUACACCGUUAUCUGUGCGGUGGGACUGACUGGGAACACGGCCGUCAUCUACGUGAUCCUCAAAGCUCCAAAGAUGAAAACAGUCACCAACAUGUUCAUCCUGAACCUGGCCAUCGCUGAUGAUCUCUUCACUCUGGUUCUGCCCAUCAACAUAGCAGAACACUUGCUGCACUACUGGCCUUUUGGUGAGGUUUUGUGCAAAGUCAUCCUCAGCAUAGACCACUACAACAUCUUCUCCAGCAUCUAUUUCCUGACAGUCAUGAGCAUCGACCGCUACCUGGUGGUUUUGGCCACAGUCAGGUCAAAGCGCAUGCCUUACCGCACCUACAGAGCCGCCAAAAUCAUCUCCUUCUGCGUCUGGAUCCUUGUCAUCCUCAUCGUCAUGCCGUUCACCGUCUUCGCCAGUGUCUACAUCGACCCCAACGACGGCAGAAAAAGCUGCGUGCUCAGCUUCCCCAGUCCUGAGAGUAUGUGGUUCAAAGCCAGCCGGAUCUACACUCUCAUCCUGGGCUUCGCCAUCCCCGUCUCCACCAUCUGCAUCCUGUACACCAUGAUGCUCUACAAGCUGAGGAACAUGCGGCUCAACAGCAACGCCAAGGCGCUGGACAAGGCCAAGAAGAGAGUCACCAUCAUGGUGUUCAUCGUCUUGGCUGUGUGCUUGUUCUGCUGGACACCGUUCCACCUCAGCACCAUCGUGGCCCUGACCACGGACCUGACGACCACGCCGCUGCUCAUCGGGAUCUCCUACUUCAUCACCAGCCUGAGCUACGCCAACUCCUGCCUCAACCCGUUCCUCUACGCCUUCCUGGAUGACAGCUUCAGGAAGGCCUUCAAGAAGAUGCUGGAGUGUAGGCCGGCGUGA